AUGGGCCUCAAUGAGAGUUACGACUUAAACGAAGAGGACCUGUCAAAAAAGUAUAAACAAAUGCAAAAAUAUUUACAUCCAGACAAAUACGCAAACAAGAAUGAGAUAGAACAAGAAAUAUCAGCUCAGUAUUCAUCUUUAGUAAAUGAAGCUUAUAAAACUCUACUGGAACCAUUAUCAAGAGGUAUUUAUAUGUUAAAACUAAGAGGCAAGCAUAUAGAAGAAAACACUGAAAUGGACCCACAGUUUCUCAUGAAAAUAAUGGAAAAGAAUGAGGAAGUGGAAAGUGCGGAUACAGAGGAAGAGAUUAUGAAUCUAAAUAAGGAAAUCACUGCAGUCAUAAAAGAUCUAGAGAAGGAAUUAUCUAGGGCAUUUUUCAAUGGAAACUUAGAUAGUGUGACAAAAUUACUUAGUCAUAUGAAAUAUUACACCAGUAUCCACGAUCAGAUACAAAACUCAAUACGAAACAAAGGAAUUAUAAGAUAA